AUUAGAGCUCUGCGCGGAGUAUCAUCUUGGGCAUGACCCUGACAUCAGCACUUGUUCCAUUCUCUUUCUGUCCUUCGCCUGGACGGUGCACACAAACAUGUCUCACCGUAAAUUCCAUGCCCCACGCCAUGGGCACAUGGGCUUCCUGCCCCACAAGCGCAGCAAAAAGCACCGGGGGAAGCCCCGCAGCUGGCCCAAAGAUGACCCCAGCCAGCCUGUUCACCUGACCGCCUUCAUGGGCUACAAGGCUGGCAUGACCCACAUCCUACGAGAGGUGCACCGCACUGGCCUGAAGCAAGCCAAACGGGAGGCGGUGGAGGCAGUCACUAUCAUUGAGACACCUCCAGUGAUGGUGGUGGGGAUUGUGGGAUAUAUUGAAACAGUCCGCGGCCUGAGAUCCUUCAAGACCAUCUUCGCUGAGCAUCUCAGUGAUGAAUGCAAACGCAGAUUCUACAAAAACUGGUACAAGAGCAAGAAGAAGGCAUUUACCAAGUAUGCCAAGAAGUGGACAGACGAGAGUGGCAAGAAGCAGCUGGAGAAGGACUUCAAUAGCAUGAAGAAAUACUGCUCAUGCAUUCGGGUGCUUAUUCACACUCAGAUUCGCCUUCUGCCCCUCAAAGCGAAGAAGGCCCACAUCAUGGAGGUGCAGCUGAAUGGUGGGACCAUCUCUGAGAAGGUGGACUGGGCCAAGGAGAAACUGGAGCAGGCCAUCCCCGUGUCCUCUGUCUUCUAUCAGGACGAGAUGAUUGACGUCAUCGGGGUCACCAAAGGUCACGGGAUGAAAGGUGUUACCAGUCGUUGGGGAGUCAAAAAGCUGCCCAGGAAGACCCACAAGGGCCUCCGUAAGGUGGCCUGCAUUGGGGCCUGGCACCCUUCCCGUGUGGGCUACACCAUCGCCCGUGCCGGGCAGAAGGGCUACCACCAUCGGACUGAGCUCAACAAGAAGAUCUAUCGUAUCGGCAAAGGGGUCCAUGUCCAGGAUGGCAAAGUGAUCAAGAACAACGCCUCCACUAACUAUGACACCACCCAGAAGACCAUAACCCCCAUGGGAGGUUUUCCCCACUAUGGUGAAGUGAAUAAUGACUUUCUGAUGCUGAAGGGCUGUGUGAUCGGUUGCAAAAAACGUGUCCUCACUCUGAGAAAGUCCAUGCUGGUGCACACAUCACGCAAGUCCAAGGAGACUAUCGAACUGAAGUUCAUCGACACCACCUCCAAGUUCGGCUACGGCCACUUCCAGACAGCCCAGGAGAAGAGGGCAUUCAUGGGCCCACUGAAGAAGGAUGUGCUGAAGAAACUCCCUGCUGAGCCAGUGACAGAGGAUGCAUAAGAAGAUGGUGGCAAACCUUACAAACCAAUACAAUUAGCAAAUUAAUGUUCUUAUAUUAACAGUCUUAUAAUAAAACAGUCUUAUCCAUC